CGGUUAAUAAAUAGACUGUGUCCCGCCACAACAUGGUAAUUACAACCCCCUUAAACAAAUGUGAUUUUGAUUUUUGUUUUUCAUAUACGUCGAUAUGUGUUUUAAACUUUUAAUUUGCCACUUUGAUGCGUAUCUAAUGUAAACAACAACUAAAACUCUUUGACUGCAUGCAAUUUGAGUGAAAGUUAUUCAUACCGAGACACUUACUGAGUAAAGUCAAAACGGUGUUCUAAUCCACUGAAAUUGUGCUUGAAAAUAUAUUUUGUGUACGACAAGUUAAGUGUCAACUAUUUUGCGAUAAUGGAGAUACAAGAGUCGAUCUUGAGUAUAUUUUACGUCAGCAGAGCGUUUGCGUUGGCUCCGUAUAAAAUUAAGAGGAAUGCAAAAGGAAUCAUAAACGAAUACAAAUUCAGCAUAAUAUUCUGUCUAUACAGUGUAGCUGUUACAAUCACACUCGUUCUUCUGACGAUUAGAGGAAUUGUGAAUGACGCUAGGUCGAAGUAUCCUGUUAGGAUGACAACUGCCACAUCCAAAUUUGUAACAUCACUCGACGUCUGUAUUGUUGUUGGAGCAUGCUUAAGUGGUGUGGGUUGCGGUCUGUUUGGCCUGCGAAAUACACAGGAAAUGAACGCAAAGUUAAGAGAGGUGGAUGACGUUUUAGGAAAUGACAAGGAAAAAGAGAAACGACGAGGACUAAUUAUGAUGGUGUCUGUGUUCAUUGUGAUCUCGUUUAUGUUAGCCAUGGAUCUGGGUUCCCGAUACACUAUUACGAAAAAGAAGGUGUCCGCCGACGAAGAGCUCAUUCGAGGCAAUAUCACGUACGGAUACAUACCAUUUUACGUUCUUUAUUACAUACUGAUGGCACUACACAUUCAAUUUGCUAAUACCGCUCUCAGGCUGGGUAGACGUUAUCGUCGAUUGAAUAAUGUUUUAGCGAAAGCGUUUCCUAUUGAACCACUCAAAAAAGAAUUAGUUCACAUAAUCCGGGUUCCAUCAAUCAAGCAAAGAGAGUCAUCACAUAAACAAAAGAAUAAUGUUGGAAUAGUAACUCACCAAUCUGUGCUAUCGCAGGACACAUUUUUCGUUGAUCGAUUAGCAAGCGCUCAUUCAUAUUUGGGAGAGGCAGUUGGAAAUAUAUCCUCAGCGUUUGGUGUUGCUUUACUUGUUAUGUUGGUGUCAUGUUUACUUCAUUUGGUAGCCACACUGUAUUUCCUAUUUGUGGAAAUUCUGGGUGGAAAUGAUGCAUUCUACACGGUGCUACAAUUUUUAUGGGUCUUUCUGCACGUGGGUCGAUUGUUAUUAAUUGUAGAACCUUGUCAUCUUACGUCGGUUGAGGCUCGUCGCACAAUAACUCUUGUCUGUGAAAUCAUUCGAUCGUGCGAUCCAGCUGUUACACAGAAUUUGAAAAAGUUCUGGAGACAAUUACUUGCUGAUCGAACGUAUUUUUUCUCAGCCUGUGGAAUGUGCUGUAUUGAUCGUCAAAUUUUAACUUCACUUAGCGGAGCAAUUGCCACAUAUUUGGUGAUUUUGAUUCAGUUCCAAAAUUCUGGUAGCAGCUAAAUUCGACAAAAUUCGUCCCACACACGAAACGCAAUCAUUUUAAUUAAUUGAAUUUUAUUGAUUUGUCCAAUAACUUUGUCAAAUGUAGUGUUAAGAGUAAAAUGAAGACUUAA